UUAUAUUAUCAUCGGCAACCGGUUGAUCAAGUUUGGUAUAACUAUCAAACGUUUUAUAAUCCAUUUAUCAUCUGUGUCCAUUUUGUCAUCAUCUAUGUCCAUUUCGCCAUCAUUCGUUUCCAUCUCGUCAUCAUCUAUGUCCAUUUCGCCAUCUUUCGUGUCGUCGGCAUUAUCUUUCGUGUCUUUCGUGUCAGAGACAUUAUCUUUGCCUAU